UUGCUCUGGGGUGGUGAUCCGAAUGCGCCUUUGAAACUCGUGGCAGCCGGAAAAGUACCGUUCGCCGUGAGUUACCAACAGAGUGUCACGAUCGCUCGGGCAAGUGAAGAGGUUUUGCCGGUUAAAUCAAUCGGUUUACUCGUAGAACACCCGCUGAACACGAUUAGUUUCCUGAAGAAAACGGGCAUUAAAACGCCAGCAGAUUUCAAAGGAAAGAAAAUCGGAUACACGGUUGCACCGUUGGAUGUGCUGCUUUUCAAUGCGAUUGCGGCGAACGCUGGAUUAACAGAAGACGACUACGAGUUGAUAAACGUGAGCACGAGUAUUUCGGCAGCGCUCCUGAGUGGGCAAAUCGAUGCAGUGAUCGGCCCGUUCCGAAAUUACGAGAUCAACGAACUGAAACUUGAAGGCGCAGAAGCAGAGUAUUUCGCGCUUGAGAAGCACGGCAUUCCCGACUAUUAUGAACUGGUAAUCGUCUCUAACGAUACUUUUUUGAAAGAACAUCCAGAAACUGCUAAAAAACUGAUGAUGGCGAUUCGGGAGGCGAUUCAAUUCACGAAAGAGAAUCCUGAUGACGCGCUGCAGCUCUUUUUUAAGGCAAAUCCAGAUGCCCGCAAAGACUUAGAAGAACUGGCGUUUCGGGAUACGUUGGAUGUGUUCGCGACAACACAGGUGCAAUCCACAGAAAAAUGGGCUGCCUUCGCAAAAUUCGCCUAUGAAAAAGGCUUGAUUUCCAAAACAGUCGAAGCAAAAGACUGUUUCAUCAAUGUAUUGGAAGAAUAA